UAGAUUAGAACUUGAUUCACGUUCUGUGGUCUGCCAAGUACCUUCUCUAGCUGCCCAAGCCACCAAAUGGCCUUGGGAUGUCUCCGAUCCAACAUACCAAGCAUGGCUCCCUCCAAAUCUAGAACCCUUCCAUCCCUCCAACUUUUGCUGCCCCUCUUCCACCUGCUGUCCAUCCUAAUCCCCCCUGCAAGCCCACUCUCCUUCAACUACUCUGGUGAGGAUCUGAACUUUCCAAACAUGAUUUACCAGGAAGAUGCCUUCUUCGACGGCAGCAUCGUCCAACUCACCAAGAACCAGGCCCACAUGAACCUUAGGAGGAGCUCCGGAAGAAUGGUAUAUCCUGAAGCAGUGACUAUCUAUGAUGAAGCUUCCGUCAUCAACUUCACUUCAUGUUUCUCCUUCUUUAUCUAUGGCUUCAAAAAAGCAGUCAGUGCUGAUGGACUCGCCUUCUUCCUCUCGUCAUACCCUUCGACAAUUCCCGAUUUAUCCUGCGGGGGAACUCUCGGUCUGUUUACCAGUCCUGAUGGCAACAAAACGCUCCCGAGUACUGUCGUCGCUGUCGAGUUUGAUACCUUCUUCAAUCCUCAGUACAAGGAUAUAAGCGCCAACCAUAUGGGAAUCGACGUCCACACGAUAUACUCGGUUGUGCAGCUGGACUUGAAAGCUAACAUGAGAAAGAACACGACGUUCAACGCGUGUGUUAAUUACAGAGCUAGUACCAAAAAUUUGAGUGUCUUCCUCAGUAAUGCCUCAGAUCCUACAAGGAAUUGGAGCCUGUCUCAUGUUGUUGACUUGAGGAAGGUUCUGCCUGCUAAGGUAGCCGUUGGCUUCACAGCUGCCACAGGUAACAGGACCGAACAACAUAGCCUUGUAUCCUGGAAUUUCAGUUCCUCCGAUUUGAAUUCUAAGGGUUAUGGUUCUAGUCCAAGCCCUACUCCAAGAGCUAGACAUCUUUAUAUAUUUUUGGGGUCGGGUAUUGGCGCCGUGGUCUUACUAUGUGGGUUGGGUUUGAUGUGGUUUAUGAGGCGACGUUUACGCAAGAAAGGUGAUAGAGGGAAGAAAGAAGUAGAUAUGAGUAUUGAUUCGUUGAUUAAUGUUGCAUUUGAGAGAGGGAGUGGGCCUAGGAGGUUUCCUUACAGUGUACUCGAGAGUGCUACCAAAAAUUUUAUGGAGGAGAGGAAACUUGGCGGAGGAGGAUUUGGGGAGGUAUACAAAGGGGUGCUGCGUGAUUUACAGCUUGAGGUGGCCAUUAAAAGGAUCUCCAGGGGUUCCAAACAAGGGACGAAAGAGUACAUAUCAGAAGUAACGAUCAUAAGCCGGCUAAGGCACCGCAACCUUGUUCAACUCAUAGGCUACUGUCACGAGAAAGGCGACUUGCUGCUUGUUUAUGAGUACAUGCCGAACAAAAGCCUCGACUACCAUUUGUAUGAAAAGACAAGAUUGCUCGCAUGGCCGGAGAGGUACAAGAUAGCUCUGGGUUUAGCAUCAGCGUUGCUAUAUCUUCAUGAAGAGUGGGAGCAGUGCAUCAUCCACAGAGAUGUAAAGCCAAGCAAUGUGAUGCUAGAUUCAGGGUUCAAUGCUAAACUUGGUGAUUUUGGAUUGGCAAGGCUCAUGGACCAUGACUCCAACCGAGAAACAACAGUUCUGGCCGGGACCAGGGGAUAUAUUGCACCGGAGUAUGCUAUUACAGGAAAAGCUAGUAAAGAGACUGAUGUUUUCAGCUUUGGAGUAGUUAUAUUAGAAAUUGCAUGCGGUAGAAAGCCAUCUGAAGUGGAGAAGGAUGAUCAAGUGAAUUUGGUGGAGUGGAUUUGGAAACUUUAUGGAAAUGGAAAAUGUUUGUCUGCAGCAGACCGAAGGUUAGAGAUGGAAUUCGAUGAACAACAAAUGGUGUACUUGAUGGUUGUGGGACUAUGGUGUGCUCACCCUGAUAGAACUCAAAGGCCAAGCAUGAGGCAAGCAAUCAAUAUACUUAAAUUCGAUACCCCAUUGCCAGCUUUGCCACCCAAUAUGCCCGUUCCAAUGUUUCAUUCUCCUCCAAGAAAUGUGCCUGCUACUCAUUCAAAUUCUGAUAGCUGCUCCGUAAUUUCAAACACAGCUCUAUUGGGCCGUUAAUGGUGAGUCAUGUUAGAAAAGUUUAACAAUGAUACCAUGUUACCCAUCAUACCAGUGAUUUAUAAUUCAACUAUAUAUUAGGUACUCUUUGUUUUUGAUAGGUGUUUCAUUAUAUGAUCGGGUGUUGUAUGUCUUUGCCAUAAAAGCUUAAAAUGUAAUAUAUUUAAAAUCUCCUGCAUGGGCAGCUGUAAUGAUAAUUCUAGUCGAGAACAUGUUGUACGUUAUUUUGAUAUGCUUAUCUCCAAGGUCAUGUAAUAAAGUAUUCCGUUAUGCUUUGGUACCUUAA